AUGGCAGUACAGCAGCAGAAGAUGUUGCUGUUCCCCUACUUGAGCAUAGAUUCCGACUGCUUACAGCAACUGCUCGGAGACGAAACCAGUCUGCAACCAGAGAUGCCAAGCUCCAUGGGCCAGCAGCAGGCCUCCAACAGGAACGUGGGAUUGUCAGCGACGGUCCCGUACGGUGUUAAUCUCUUCGGGAACCGCUAUCGUCCCCGCUCCCGCCGCUAUCGUUCCCGCUCCCGCUCCCCUGCACGACAGCUGACUUUGGAUCUGGGGGUCAACAGCAACAUCUCAGAUGCGUCAACCCGGCCCUUGCUGGAGAGAAUUGUUGCCAUGCUGCACGACCUUCCGGAGGAAGAUUUGGAAGGUGUAGAAAGGAUCAUUGUAGCCACUAUCGGAUCCUUCUGUGGCUGA